AUGAGCGGCGAGGGAGAGACGGAGGUAGGCGUGGAGGAGGAGGAAGAAGAGGAGAAAGGGAGCACUGCAGGUGGCGGUGAGAGCAGGGAUGCGAAGGGGCAGCGGAAUGAGGAGGAAGAGGAAGAAGGGGAAGGGGAGGAGGAGGCGGAGGAGGAGGAGGAGGAGGAGCGUAGACGGAUGGAGAGGCAACGGAAGAGUGGCAAGAAGAAAAAGAAGGGGAAGGGGAAGAAGAAGGGAGGAACGGGAGGAGGGGGAGAGGAUACAGGAGGAGUGGGAGGGAAGCAGAGGAACUUAGAUCGAGGUGGAGGGGGAGUCGGAGGGGCAGGAGAAGACACUGAAAUAGAGCGCGCUUUGGCUGCCAUCGAGGGCCAAGCAGCAGCAGCAGCAGUAGCGACACCAGCGGAUUCUAUGACGUCAUCAGCAGCGGCAGCGGCAGCUGGGGGGGGUCCUGUGACGUCAGCGCGGCCGCUUCUAGCAGUGGAGACCCGGUUCCUGCGAGCAGAUGACGAGCUGAAGCGCAUCUUUGGCUCUAAGGUGAUCCGGCAGGUGGAGAGGCAAGCAGGGGGCGGAGAAGGAGGCGCAGGAGGAGCAGGAGGGAUGGCCACGUACCGCGCGGCGCAGCACCUGUUUGAGCAGACGGUGGCGUCGCACGACCCAAACCAGCUUGGGCUCUUCGUGGCCCACCACCCCUACCACGUGGAGGGGCUGUUGGCCCUCUCCGAAGUGUACAAACAGGUGGGCGAGGUGCAGACAUCAGCAGACCUCCUUGAGAGAGCGCUCUUCCUGCUGGAGGCGGCGUGGCAUCCCUGGUUCAACCCCUCGCUGGGCACAUGCUGGCGGCGUGGCAUCCCUGGUUCAACCCCUCUCUGGGCACAUGCCGAGUUGAGCGUUCAUUGCCGCUCUUCCUACUGGAAGCAGCAUGACAUCCCUAGUUGGUUCAACCCCUCGCUGGGGACUUGCCGCUUGAAGAAUUCCCACGAGCCCAAUCGAGCACUCUUUGACGCUCUCUUCCGUCACAUGCACCACAUGGGUCGCAGGGGCUGCUGGAGCUGCCAUUUUCGUCUCGUGCGCCUUUCACCCUCCCUUUUCUCCCCCAACCAGCUUGGAGCUCGCCCACGAGCCCAACAGGGCGCUCUUCGAUGCUCUCUUCCGUCACAUGCACCACGUGGGUCGCAGGGGGCUGCAUGGGCUGCCGUUCUUCUCUCAUCCCGGUGCCUCCUCCCCACCCCCUGUGUCUCAUGUCUUGAAGCACUGUUUGCUUUGCCUGUCCCAUUCCCUCCCGUCCCCAGCUUGGAGUUUUCCCACGAGCCCAACCGUGCUCUCUUUGACGCGCUCUUUCGCCACAUGCACCACGUGGGACGCAGGGGCUGCCACCGCGCUGCCUUUGAGCUCUGCCGCCUGCUGCUCUCAUUAGACCCGGACACCGACCCGCUCGGUGCCCUGCAGUGUCCUCCACCCAUCUUUGCUCUCAGAGCACGCCAGCUCACCUCCUCUCCCUGCCUCCCUUAUCCCCCCUCCCCCCCAACCCCCUUUUCCCCCACGCUCAACCCCCUUUUCCCCCACGCUCAACCCCCUUUUCCCCCACGCUCAACCCCCUUUUCCCCCUCGCUCAACCCCCUUUUCCCCCACGCUCAACCCCCUUUUCCCCCACGCUCAACCCCCUUUUCCCCCACGCUCAACCCCCUUUUCCCCCACGCUCAACUCCCUUUUCCCCCACGCUCAACCCCCUUUUCCCCCUCGCUCAACCCCUUUUCCCCCACGCUCAACCCCCUUUUCCCCCACGCUCAACCCCCUUUUCCCCCACGCUCAACCCCCUUUUCCCCCUCGCUCAACCCCCAACCUCCCACCCCGACAACUCCCCUCACCCAUCACACCUCCCCACUCUCCUACGCUCUCAGAACACUCACCUCCUCUCCCAUCCCCACCCCCCUGUCCCCCGCCCUCACCCCUUUCCCCUCCCACCCAUCCAUCAUUGCACAGAUAGACUUCUAUUCUCCCAGAGCACGCCAGCCCACCUGGCUGCACAAUUUUUCACGGCUCUUUCUCCUCCAUGCUCCUUUGUUGCAUUGCAUUGCAACCACCCCCCCAACGCCCGCUCCUCUCUCCUCCUCUUCCCCCACCCUUGUUCUGCACGGCUGCACGACCUCUCUGCUCUGUUUUCCCCAUGCUCCUUUCUCUCUCCCACUUGUACCCCUACCCUCACCCUCCCACCCACCAUGCAUAGACUUCUACGCCCUUAGAGCGCGCCAGUUCACCUGGCUGCAUGAUUUCCUUUUCAGCUUUAUGCAUCACCUCCACGACCGCUCCCCUUUCCACCCUUCCUCCCCUCCUCCCCUCCUCCCCUCCUCCCCUCCUCCCCUCCUCCCCUCUUUCCAUCUUCCCCUCCUUCCCCCUUCCCUUCUUUCCCCCCUCCCCUCCUUCCCCCCUCCCCUCCUUCCCUCCUCCCCUCCGCCCUUCUUCUCAUCCUCCCAUCCCCCCCUCCUCGCUUCCCCUCCUCCCACCAGAUACGUCCUCAACGGGAUGCUAGAGAAGGCCGACGCAUCAGCCAACGCGUCGGCUGGAAUUCAGAUCAAGACCAACGCAUCCUGGACCUACGUCCUCAAUGGGCUGGUAGAGAAGGCCCCGAUCAAGACCGACGCAUCCUGGACGUCCAUUCUUAAGCACCCGCUCUUUGCCAGGACGACACCUGGCAGCGCGACAUUGGAGCAUCUGGUGCGGCUGUACGUGGAGGCUCCCCUCUGUUCCUCCCCUCCCCUCCUCUACGGCUGUACGUACGUGCUCAAGGGGCUGGUAGAGAAGGCUCCGAUCAAGACCGACUCUUCGUGGGCCCAGAUCUUGAAGCACCCGCUCUUCGCCAAGACGACACCUGGCAGCGCGUCAUUGGAGCAUCUGGUGCGGCUGUACGUGGAGCGCAGUGCUGUGCUGUGGCGGGGGGAGGGCGUGCAAACGCUGCUGAAGCGGGUGGCGGGUGACGUGGUGGCGACGGUGGAGAGGGAGAGGCGGGCAGGCGGAGGGGACGGGGAGAUGGAGAGCUGGAAGUGCGUGCGAGAGGUGUCCUUCCCAUCAGGCGCUAACGCAUACCGCCACCUGCUGCUAUCCGACUUUUCCGACGCCGCCCCCACUCUGCCGCCCGAGGAGCUCAUGGCGAUGCAAGAAGACGAAGCCGGCCGUCAGCGCCGCCCGGGAGCCCACGGCCUCGGCUUCUUGAUUGGUGCAGGCGCUGGUGCUGCUGGUGGGGGUGGGGGCGGCGGAGGGGGAGGUGGAGGGGGAGGAGGAGGGGGAAUAGGUGCAGGAGGGGCAGGGGGAGGAGGGGCAGGGGGAGGAGGGGCCGGGCAAGGGCAGCAGGUGGAUCUAGCAGGGCGGAACCCACUGAUGGUGUUUCUAGAGGCGAUGCUACCGUGGAACGACUUUGGGGGAGCUGGGGGUGCCGGGGGGGACAUGGGGGUGAAUGUUGAGGCACAGCAGGCUGCUUUGGCUGCUGCUGCCGCUGCAGCUGCUGCUGCUGCUGAUGAUGAUGGUGAUGGGGAGGAGGAUGAGGAUGGAGACCAUGAUGAUAUUGAAGAGAUUGAAAUGGAGGAGAGGCGAUAG